AUGGACACGUCAGCAGCAGCCGGACCUUCUUCAUCUUCUUCCAGCACCUUGACAGGCAGCAAUGCAAACAAUGCUGCAGGCUCUUCGACCUCUGGCGCAGCAGCCAAGAAGAAGGUGGUGAACAAUGGCAAGGCCAAGUCUACCACUCCCAGAGCCAGCAGUCCUUCCGAGGAGAACACCGGUGCCUCUUCCUCCUCUGCCAAGCGAGUCCCACCCUUUCUCAACAAGCUUCGCAACAUGAUUGACGACGAGGCGACGAACGAACUCAUCUGCUGGCAGCCCGAAGGCAAGACUUUCUUGGUACCCAACAACAUUCGCUUCGCUAAAGAAGUCCUUCCACGCUUCUUCAAGCACAACAACUUCUCUUCCUUUGUGCGACAGCUAAACAUGUACGGCUUCCACAAGGUUCCUUCGCUACAGCAGGGAUCACUCAAACACGAGCAGGAGAUGGAGGUGUGGGAGUUUGAGAACGACAACUUUGUCCGCGAUCAGCCCGAGCUGAUGAUCAACGUUCAGAGGAAGCCUGGUCACAAGGGUGAUGGCGCUGGAGGGGAACAGACACGGCAAGAGCUCUCAAAGGUAUGGCAUGCUAUUCAAACGAUUAGAAGUACGCAAGAGAGCAUCAAUGAUAAUCUACGCCAUCUCAGUCUCCAUAACGAAACAUUAUGGCAGAAGGCCAUGGAGAGCGAGAGGAGAGCUGAGCAGCAAUCAGAGACGAUCAAUCGCAUGCUACGCUUCCUUGCAGGGAUCUUUGCCAAC